AUGCCCCAGACCGUCGACUCACUACGAACUCGUCCGGCAGAAGGAACCAGUGGCGGAAACUUUGCAAAUCGCAUUUCUAACCUUGCUUCAACUUCACAUCAUGUCUGGCAAUUACCAAACUGGAACUCACAACCAGGCUACUCCAAUCCCGGAAUACAGGCCAUGGCCAUAGACACCUUUCCACCUCACGACGUGUGGGAUCCCAACGACUGGAAUCAAUCGAACUUUUCAAACCCGAGCCACAGGGAUUCUGUGGUCAGCAAGGCCGAAUCAGCAUAUCCUUCUGGCAGCCCUGUACCUGAGGAAUUUGGCCAGAAUCUCGACUUCGCAUGUAGACAUCCAAACGCGCGGGCCUCGAGUUAUGGAGACCUCUCAAGCAUUGGUGAACGCCUAACCCCAUCACCAUUUUCCCAUGCAAUUUCUCCUUCAACUCCAGGUGGCUCGGCAUGGAUAUCGGUUGCGGAUUCGGCUUAUGGUAGUCUUCCAGGUUCGAGCCACGGAAGCGGAUCAAGUGAAGCAGAGUCUAUGAUACAUGCUACGCAUUAUUUCGCAUCUACCAAUGCAGAGAAUUCUCCUAGCUGCACAAUCGAAGCAGCCUCCAGGACCGUAACGAAUCUUGGUCAUCUCCAAACAAGUCCGAUCAAUGACGUGCCGUCGACACUCAAAGCAACUCCUGCAGACCAAAAGGACCGAUUAAGGCAGGAUGCUCACAGCAAAGUUGAGAAACGAUACCGGAUGAACAUCAAUAGUAAGAUCCAACAGUUGAGGGAAAUCCUGCCAAACAAUCACUCCUGUGAGAGGCCUUCUCUUCGGCGCAAGAGCGGCACAGAACUCAGCAAACGGGACAUACUUUCGCUCACCAUAACCAACAUGGAACGACUCCAGUUUGAAGUCCAAAAUCUCACUUCACAGAACAGAGAGCUAAAGGCGAGAAUUGCGCGCAUGCAGUCUGAUACUGCGCACGAAUGA